AUGUUAUCCAGUAGAACAACUAUUAAUAAUAGUAAUGAUAAUAAUAAUAACAAUAACAAUCAUAGACGACAAUGGUCUGAAGGUAUUAUGUCUACAGAUAAAUCAAUGCGGCUUUAUAAAGACAAUGAUCGUCAACUAAUUCAAAAUUUGGUUAAUGAAUAUCUCUUGGAAGGUUCGAAUGAUGUUCUUGAUCUUAUUCGACGCUGUCCAAAUGAAUGUUUCGAGGCACUUGUCGAUUUUAUUUGGAAUGCAGCAUCUCAAACAAUGGAUAGUAAUGAUGAUGAUCUAUUAAUAUAUAAUCAACGUUCAUCUCUUCUUUCAUCAUCACUAACGAAUGUUCAUCGAAAAGGAGCACGUCGUCGUUUGGCUAUUAUUUUUAUUGAAAUAUUCAAAUUAUUAGCUACAUCACCUAUCAAUGGUGGUCGAUUUGAUAUUCAACGACAAAGUCGUAUUCUUUUAUUUCCUUCUUAUGCUGGCCAAUUAAUUCAUUUUGAACCUGAUAUAUACGGCUUAAGUUGUCUUGCACUUGCUUCGAUUAUUCUUAUUAAUCCCAAUAUUAUUCAUCAUCGAAUAUCACUUUUAAUUGAUGCUCUGAAAUUUGCAGCCAAUCAUUUUGUUAAAGCAAAUCUUUCCUUCGAUACACCAUCAACAUUUGCUCUUUCUAUUUAUUCAUUAUUUUAUUUAUUGUAUUUAUUAUAUCCUAAUAAUCUUCGUCGUGAACUUCAACCAGAAUCUAUGCAACCGAUUAGUAGUAAUGAAAAACCAACUAAUCGAUCGGGCGUUGAACGAGUUUUAUUGCCACUUUGUUAUUAUUUUAAACUUCAACCAAGCAUAGUUUGUGGUACAUCUGAUUCUGAAAAACAAGAUAAUCGUUGGCAAAAUGAAUCUUGGCAACAGUUAAUUGGAAAUGCUGAUCGUUAUGUUAUAUCUGAUGAUAUAUCUCCAUUAUUAUCAAAUGAUUUUAAAAAACGUAAAGAAGAAGAAAUAAAAAAGUCUACAGAUCCAAAACGGUUUGAAAUUGGUCCAAUUAUUCGUAUGUGCAAUGAAUAUACUGAAAGUGUUUUACAUCCGAGUGAAAUUAAAAGUCAGAUAGUAAAGAAUACAAUUGAAAAACAGUACGGAAAGAAACACUCAACGGAUUGCUAUUCCAAUUAUUCAGAUUCAUAUUGUCAAACAUAUGAACAACAAUGGCAAACAACAAUACAAAAUGGACAAAUGGAUUUAUCACGUGUUCAAACACCUGAUGAAUCAAAUCGACAUCAUAAUAAUAAUUAUACAAAUGGAAUAUCAACAAAAAAAGAUUCAAAUUCAAAUAAUUCUAUUCAAGCUGAUCAUAAUAUACAUGCUAGAGUUGAAUUACAGCUUGAUAUGUUAGAUUGUAAUUAUGAACAUGACAAAAGAGAUUAUUAUGCUCAAUUAAUACGAGAUUUUCAAAAGACAACACCAAUUAAUGAAUUAGAUAAAACAUUAAUAAAUCAAGUAAGUUAUUAA